UUAAGAUCCGAGUCGAGUCGUUGCUCGUACCUGUAGCGGGAGGAUGCAGCGGGAGGACGUAGGCUCUCCAUAAUGCGGCAGCCAAGCAUGUAUUUCGGAAACGUUUCAUGUGCUCUGCGUUUCACAUAUUUGGGCCAAAGGCACAACGACGCUCCAUAGAAUUCCCUUCGCGGCCUGGCAAGGCCUUCGUCCCUGCACCCUCCAAGUUAUAAAAGCUCGUGGAUUGUGUUCGUUGUUUUUCAAGCUCAUACCUUCCCAUCAUGAAGCUUACCUCUGUUCUCGCCUUUGCCCUUGCUGCAGUAGGAACAAGCGCCUCAGCUAUCGGCCAGCGUCAGUUUUGCCCGGAGGCUUCUCGGUUUGGAAACCUCCAAGUAGUUCCUUCCGAUUUGCAACCUGGCACCUGGUUCACAAUCCAUGCCGAUUUCUCAUGCGCCGUGAAUUAUUUUGGCAUCGUUCCGCGAUACACCGACUUUUACAUCGAGGUUCCCUCGGGCAACAAUGGUCAUGAGCCUCCGAUCCUGGUUGACCGUCGGGAGUUCAGUUUGCCUGCACCGCCUCUGUCUCCGGCUCUUACCUUCACAGCGCAGUUCCCAUACUACCCGGGUUUGUUUGAGGGUGCUGCAUAUGCGCUCGCCCUCCACACGACUUACCCUAUCAAUGGGACAGACGGCAGUGAGAUAUUGGUACAGGGUGGAGUCUAUGCAGGCCUCAAUGUCACUUCUUGAUGGAUUUUUCUUGUAGUCGCCUUGUAGUAUUGAUUCGCGAUGGACUUUGAAUUUUUACCCAUAUGUACAGCUAAGAGCUUGGAUCUUUGAGGUUUCAAGUUCGUCGGUAACCUUCCCUAUCACGGGCCGGAGGGACCGUACUUUUCGUCAGGUGGUCGCGUGGCAACUUCCGCGUUUGA